AUGCUGUCAGUUGGUGAAUGUAUACGAUGGACAGGAGUUACUAUCUUUGAACUGUGGCUUCAUACCAUUGGUUUAUUUAUAUUUUCUGUUCUUAUCGUAAUAAAAAUCGAACUUAAUUCAAGUUUGACGUAUUGGCAUGUGUUUACACCACUAUUCAUAGCAAGCGCACUUAAUUUAUAUUUUUUAUUUAUUGUUUUGGUACGGGCUGUAGUGGAAGAAAAGCAGUGCAAGGAUCCUAUUAUCAAGCAUGCAUUCAGCUGGUUAAGAAUUAUUAUGAUUGGAAUAUUCGAGGCGCUCUUGUGUUAUAAGAUAAACGGGGAUUUAGAAGAUGGUCAGGUUGCAGUGCAAUCAUCGUAUGGCAUCAUCUUUUUACCAGUUUGGAUAUUAAUGGCCACACUAUGCUUUCAAGCAUGUCGCUUAUUGUGA